AUGGAUUUUAGAACUAUGGUCUCUAACGAUGUAUAUUUGCUUCCACUGAAGGAUGAUGGAAGCCCGGAUAUCUCUGGUGGUUACAUUUUUCUCAGCCCGAAAAGUAACGCCCCAAUUAUCGUACGCUUUGCUAUCGAAGGAACAUCAUCUAUAUGCAGACAUGGCAGCUUAUGGGUCAACAUUCCCGAAGAAGGUCAGGAGUUUCAAAGGAAUAAAUAUCGGGAAUUCAAGCUUGAGCCGGAUUUUAAUCGAACUAUUCAGAUCUCAAUCCCAAUAUAUGAAUCAGGAGCAUUUGCAUUUUACACUACUUACACCCCUCUACAUAAACUCUCAGAGACUGCACAAAAACCACUUGAGCCGGCGAGGACUGAGACGUACUAUAUUGACGUUGCUCCCCGGCUUGUCUUAGACGGAGAGUAUUUACCUAUGCCAGCUCUUUGCAUUUUCUCUACUAUCUCAAAGUUCAUGGGAAAAUAUCCGUAUGACUGGGAGAAACAUCUAGUCAGUAUCAGCGAAAGAGGCUAUAAUAUGAUUCAUUUUACACCACUCCAACGUCGAGGUGCUUCGAAUUCUCCCUACAGUAUAUUUAAUCAGCUUGAAUGGGACCCUACUAUGUUUCCAAAUGGUGAAGCUGACGUGAAAGAUCUUAUAAAUAGCAUGCAAAGCAAAUACGGUCUUUUAGGCUUGACAGAUGUCGUUUGGAACCACACAGCGCACAACAGCGAAUGGGUUCAAGAGCAUCCUGAAGUUGGCUAUAACCUUUCAACUGCUCCGUGGCUUCGGGCUGCAUUAGAAUUAGAUGAUAAACUAUUAGACUUCAGCUCAAAGCUCUCAUCUUACAAUCUGCCGACAACACUGACGUUGAUCGAAGAUUUGACUAAAAUUAUGGAAGCCUUGAAGGAGAGAGUCAUAGAUGAUCUUAAACUUUGGGAAUACUACGUAAUCGAUGUCCAGCGUGAUGCAUCCGCUGCUAUCGAUUCUUGGAAAGAUGGCCAGGCUUUGUCUGGGAAUGCAUGUGAUAGCAGUAUUUGUGCUACUCAGCUAGAAGAAAUUGCUGCUGCUACUAUAACAAAGCAAGCGAGCUUCUUAGCUGAAGAGGCGUUAUUCAACAAGGAUACCCUUGGUAAACGCUUUGUAAGGCGUAUCGAUCCUGGAGUAGCAGCCGCGCUGAUUAGAGAAAUAUUUGGUGAAUUCGAAGCUGACAAUUCUGAUACAGCUGAUCAAGAAGCUGCAAGAUCUCUAAUUAUAGAUAUUUUAAAUGCGAUAAAUCUUCCACUAUACAAAGAAUACGAUCGAGAUGUUGAAGAAAUACUUACCCAGCUUCAUAACCGAAUCAAGUAUGUACGCCUGGAUGACCAUGGACCUAAACUCGGUGUUAUUGACGCUGAGAAUCCUCUUAUUGAAACUUAUUUUACGAGACUCCCCAAAAACUCAGUGACGUCCAAACAUAGUCAAGAAGAUCUUGCACUGGUUAACAAUGGCUGGGUUUGGGCAGCCAAUGCUCUAGUCGAUAAUGCGGGGCCUAAGUCUCGUGCCUAUCUUCGUCGCGAGGUUAUUGUCUGGGGUGAUUGCAUUAAGCUUCGUUAUGGAGAUGGACCUCAAGACUGUCCAUAUCUAUGGGACCACAUGAGUAAAUAUACUCGGAUAAUGGCUAAAUAUUUUACUGGAUUUCGGAUUGAUAACUGUCACUCGACUCCAAUUCAUGUCGCAGAGUUUUUUCUGGAUGAGGCUAGAAGAGUUAGACCGGACCUUUUUGUUGUUGCUGAACUUUUUACUGGCUCUGAAGAAAUGGAUUAUGUCUUCGUCAAACGUCUCGGCAUUAGUUCUUUAAUCCGAGAAGCAAUGCAAGCCUGGAGUACUGGAGAAUUAAGUCGACUCGUUCAUCGCCACGGUGGUAGGCCUAUUGGUAGUUUUGAAGUUGAUGAAAUAUCCGAGGAUAUCAAAAAUGUGCUUCCCGAAAAUGGAGCCGACAAUAGCAAUCCACAACGUGAGAUUAUCCGUCGAAUACGCCGAACACCAGUUCAUGCCCUAUUUAUGGAUUGCACUCAUGAUAAUGAAGUUCCUGCCCAAAAACGUGAUGCUCGAGAUACACUACCAAAUGCCGCGUUAGUCAACAUGUGCUCGAGCGCUACAGGUAGCGUAAUGGGAUACGACGAAGUUUAUCCAAAAUUAGUUGAUCUAGUAAACGAGACUAGAUUGUACUCUCCUCCUUCAGGAGACAUUGCCAGUCAAUCAGGUAUCGGUAAUACCAAGAAGCUGCUAAAUCAAAUCCAUAACCUCAUGGGCAAAGAUGGUUACGAUGAGACACACAUCCAUCAUGAAGAUCAGUAUAUUACUGUACAUCGAGUGCAUCCAAAGUCACGAAAGGGAUAUUUUCUAAUUGCACACACUGCAUUCCCUGGUUACGGAAAUGGAAAUGGUGGAUUUAACCCAGUUCAUCUUACUGGAACUAAAGCUCGACAUUUAGGAAGCUGGAUGCUCAAAGUCGACACCAGUGAAGAAGCUAAAAAAGCUGUACUUAAUGACAAAGAGUUAUUGCGAGGCUUGCCCAGCAAGGUUGUUGACGUAAUAGGCAUAAGAAUGGAAACAAAGUCUGAUGAAACUAUUAUAACUGUUCGCGACAAAUUUCCGCCUGGCAGUAUAGCUCUUUUUGAGACAUGGAUCCCUGAAGCAGACCAUGCGGCCGGUCUAGAUAAUUAUGUAACUUCUGGUGGAAAAGCUGCCUUUUCAGAAGUUGACUUGAUAGACCUUAAUUUUGUGCUGUACCGUUGUGAGGCUGAGGAAUUGGAUUCUAGCGAUGGAAAGGACGGUGUAUAUGAUAUUCCUGGAUACGGUAAACUUGUCUACGCUGGUCUUCAAGGAUGGUGGAGUCUCUUGAAAAACAUCAUAAGGGAAAACGAUUUAGCACAUCCACUAUGUCAACAUCUUCGUGAUGGAAAGUGGGCUUUGGAUUACAUCCAUGAUCGUCUAGAAAAAGCUGCAAAUACAGCUGAGUUUUCUCGCCUUACAAAGCCAUCGAAAUGGCUCAGUGAAAGAUUUGAUGCAAUUCGAAGACUUCCGAGUUUUCUCCUUCCAAGAUAUUUCGGAUUAGUUAUACAAACUGCGUAUCAUGCAGCCUGGGAUCGUGGUCUUGAGCUCAUGAGUCAGGAUGUUCGCAAUGGCCAGUGGUUCUUACAAAGUCUAUCUAUGGUUAGUCUUCAACAAACUGGAUUUGUCCGAUCAGGAUCCAUUCAUCCUAAAAAACUAGUCCCAUCUCUUGCAGCAGGUUUGCCUCAUUUUGCAGUUGAGUGGGCUCGCUGCUGGGGUCGAGAUGUCUUCAUAUCUGCCACAGGUUUAUUCAUUGGUACAGGUCGGUUUAAAGAGUGCAAAGAACACAUCAUUGCCUUUGCAAGCGUGUUAAAACAUGGUCUGGUUCCAAAUUUACUUUCCAGUUGUAGAAACCCGCGUUAUAACGCACGGGAUGCCAUAUGGUUCAUGCUUCAAUGCAUCCAAGAAUACACUGUUGCUGUCCCAUCCGGACUUGAAAUUUUAAAGGAAUCUAUUCCUCGAAGAUUCCUUCCGUACGAUGAUACAUACUUUGAUGUUGACGAUCCUCGUGCCUAUUCCCAAACAUCUACACUCGAAGAUAUAAUUCAAGAAGCUCUUCAACGCCAUGCUAGUGGUAUUAAAUUUCGCGAAGCAAACGCAGGUCCCCAGUUGGAUUGCCAAAUGCGCUCAAAUGGAUUCAAUCAAUCUAUAUUUGUCGACUGGAGUAAUGGUCUUAUAUUUGGCGGCAACCAAGAUAAUUGUGGUACUUGGAUGGAUAAGAUGGGUGAAUCUGAAAAGGCGGGCUCUAAAGGAGUUCCUGGAACUCCUCGUGAUGGGGCCGCCGUUGAGAUCAAUGGAUUGCUCUUCUCAAGUCUGACCUGGCUCGCCAAGCUUCACAAACAAGGAAGUUACAAAUACGCAGGGGUAUCCACAAAUUCACCUUCUCAUGAAUUUAUUCAGUUCUGCGACUGGGCAAACCUCAUAAAGACUAAUUUUAAAAGAUGUUACUAUAUUCCUAGGCUCCCAUCUGAAGAUAUUGACUACGAGGUGAACUCACAGAUGGUUAAUCGAAGAGGUAUCUACAAAGAUUUAUACAGAAGCGGAAAAGAAUAUGAGGAUUAUCAACUCCGUCCUAAUUUCCCUAUUGCUAUGACCGUUGCACCAGAUUUAUUUGAGCCAGCUCAGGCACUUCACGCCCUCAAGAUUGUCGAUAAUGUUUUACGUGGUAAGACGGGCUUAGCCACGCUAGAUCCAUCUGAUCUCAAUUACCGUCCUUACUACAACAACGGGGAAGAUUCGGAAGACUUUGCAACAAGCAAAGGAAGAAAUUACCACCAAGGUCCAGAAUGGAUAUGGCCAACCGGCUACUUCUUGAGAGCCCUAUUAAAAUUCGAUCUAAUUAGACGUGAAAAUGACAAUGAAGGUUCAGCAGGCAAGAUAGAAGCAUUUCAACAGAUCACUAGAAGACUAAAAGGCUGCAAAGAAGCAAUGAUAGAAUCUCCUUGGGCUGGAUUGACUGAGCUUACUCAAAAAGAUGGCGCAUACUGUAGGGAUUCGAGCCCAACACAAGCCUGGAGUGCUGGUUGUCUCAUUGAUCUCUAUCGCGAUGCUAGCGCAUAUGAUGUCAGGCAAUUAAGAGAAGAUCAAUAG